UUUGACAUAAUCACCUAAUAGCUUAUCUUAUUCUACCAAUGUCUUAUUCUCCAAGGGCUUUAGAUGAGAAUCGAAGAUCUAACAAAGAAGUCCCAUAUGAUGGAAAAACCACUAGAAACCAAGUUCAACCUCCUCAGAGUCGUCCACCAAACACUAACAUGGGUACUAAGAAGCGGAAAAGAGUUCUGGCAGGCAGACAAUAUGCCCAUAAGUAUCGACUUAAGCAACUCCAUCAUAUUCUACAACUUGAACAAGAAGUGAAAGCUCUCCAAGCUAAUGUGGCCAUUUCCAUUCCAAGGAUCAUGUAUGUUGAUCGUGAAAAUUCUUUGUUGAAGAUAAAAAAUGGGUUAAUGAAGCAAAGGCUUUCUACUUUUUCCAAUGAUCUUAUGUUCAAAGAAGCUCAAUAUGAAAAACUAGAGAUGGAAAGGGACACCUUGAAGCAAUUACACAUGGUGAAUCAUCAACAACUGCCAAAGAUUUUAAGAAUAAAACCAGUUUGGAACAAUCAGCUAUUGAAUAUGAACCUGAAUCACUCUACUUUGAAUUUGUUUAUGGAACCUGUUGUUGUUGGUGGAUCACAAACAAUGAUGAAUCAGAACAUCAACCAAUUUGGCACUGGACAAAUUAUGAAUAAGGAUUUCAUUUGA